AUGGCCUACCUGCUGACUGAAAGAAUCACCGAAAGAACGCCGUUCCUCUUAAAGAUAUCUUCCUGGUUUUGUUUCUUGGAUGCGCGGGCUGGAGCCUUUGGCGGAAAGUCUUGCGGUGUGAUAAGAGCGCUUGGGGGCGAGGAAGGGCUAUCCAGCGCUGUCCUUGCAUCCAAGAAUCUCCUGUCCAGGGAAUACGGGCACCUAUACCCGGAAUUUCUGAAACUGCGCGACCAAACCCUGGCUUCCAUUCAGGAAGCGCACCACCGGUCCGUCGCAAUUUUUGCCAAUAUUUCUGACUCGCUCGGGUUGAUCACCAGCGACAAAUAUGAAUGCAUUACUACAUCUCUUCAGAGAGUUGCAAAGCAACUCCAAGACAUUCCAAAGACGACUGUACUAGAACAGAAUCUGUUCCUCCCCUUUUCUACCGCUUCAUCGAUGUACCACGCAGCAGAGAUAUACUCUUCGAGAGCUUUUCAGCCUGAUGCACCUCUAUACACUGCCAACACUCACGCAGUAGCUAUUAUCCAGAUUGCUGAGUCUAUCUACCGAACUUUGUCAUUAGCCUACGACGACACUCCUCCAAAUCUUGUAAAAUAUAUCCAAGAGUCAGAGGCAGAAGCUGGCUGUAGACUUAACCUAAGCUCUAUAUCUGCUGAAGCCUAG